GACUGCACCCACAUGCCCAGGCCCCCGACCUGCAGCGCGUGCACAAGCGGAUCCAGGACCUCGUGGGGGUGCUGCGUGAUUUCGGGGCGCAGCGGGAAGAAGGCCGCUCCCGCGCCGAGUAUCUGAGCCGCCUGCAGAAGGACCUGGCCACCUACUACUCCUACGGGGACUUCCUGCUGCGCAAGCUCAUGGAGCUCUUCCCCCUGGCCGAGCUGAUCGAGUUCCUAGAAGCCAAUGAGGUGCCCCGGCCCAUCACCCUCCGUACCAACACCCUGAAGACCCGGCGCCGAGACCUGGCCCAGGCUCUCAUCAAUCGCGGAGUCAACCUGGACCCCCUGGGCAAGUGGUCCAAGACCGGCCUGGUGGUGUACGACUCCUCGGUGCCCAUCGGUGAGACGCGCCCCGCCCCCGUCCAG